GCCUAAAAAUAAAUGGGAUGAUGAAGAUGUUGAUGAAGAUGAUGUGAAAGAAUCGUGGGAGGAUGAAGAUGAACCUGCUCCGGUAUGAUUGAUAAUGUCCGGGAACAACAUCCACAGCUAGUUAUGGAAAAUGGCACCAGUAGUGAAACCUCCUCCUGAAAAGGCUCCUAAGAAAUCCGCAGCAAAGUCUACGGAAAAGAAGGGAAAAACUGUUCAGGUGCUAAAGGAAGAGAAACUAGAUCCACUAGCUGAGAAACUUCACUGGCAAAGGCUGGUGGAAGAAGCUGAUUUCAGAUCCACUACAGAACUGUUUGCUAAGAAAGGUGAUGAGAAAUCGGUUGAUAGUUUCAUACCAAAAUCUGAAAGUGACUUCUUGGAAUAUGCAGAGCUUAUUUCACAUAAGCUUCGCUCAUUUGAGAAAAGUUACCAUUAUAUCGGUUUACUUAAGGCAAUAAUGAGACUGUCCAUGACUGCCUUGAAAGCUGCAGAUGCCAAAGAAGUUUCGGCUUCUGUGAGUGCAAUUGCAAAUGAAAAGAUAAAAGCUGAGAAAGAAGCCAACGCUAGCAAAAAGAAGCAAGCUGGGAAGAAAAAACAGCUUCAUGUUGAUAAGCCUGAUGAUGACUUGGUGGUUAAUCCCUAUGAUGCUCUUGAUGACUUCGAUUUUAUGUAAUCUGUUUUGGUAAUAGGCAUUACAUUUUUGCACUCAUUGUGUUUCAUCAGAAUCACAUUUACACCAUGAUUGAUGAUUCAGUGUAUGUUGUAAACAAUGUUUUUAGAAGAAAACUUCGCGUUUUUGCCUUUGUUUUCA